CGCCAGACUUUUGUCUUUCCUUACUGGUUUUGUAUUUAAUAGGAUUUUCUUAUCGUAGUUCUUCUAUUUCUCAAGUUCCUUGCCUUUUACACGUGCUUUAUAGGAUCUCGGAACGACUUUUAGUGUGGUUACGAACGGAUUGAUGGAAACGUAACAGCCCACCUGAUCUGAUAAUUGCAGCCAAACAAGUCAGUCGUCGCACUCGUUUGAUAUCACAUUAUUUGUCAGCAUGUCAGACGACAUUUUGGUGGAAUGUAACAAAAGUCAACUCAAGUUUAUGCUGGAUUACCUAAGGCCUCUGUUGCCGCGACACCUGCAGCAACAUCAUUUUAUCUACAGUUAUCUCUAUCAUUAUGAGAGGAUUAACAACAAUCGGCAUCGAAUUGAUUCGGAUCGAUGGAAUGUGCGUUUCUAUACUCAUCGUAAAGGCCAACCUGAGAAUUGUACUCUAAUAACUCUCAAUGGAUCUCGAGAUUACAUUGUGAUUUGCUUUACACUGGACGAAACGAAAGCUGAACUCAAACAGUGUCUACAACAAACAAAUCGAAUAAAUUGGCAAAACACACCGUUCAGUAUGCUAUGUGACGAAGGCCUAUUCGAUGUAGUCAAUGAAGUUCUAUGCCAAAAAAAUCCAAUAGAUUGGUUAUACCCACCUCGCGAAAAUAUAUUUUAUCGUACUCCUGAAACAAUUGAGGCUCUUCCAAUAAACGUUAAACUUCCCGACGAUCUCUUCAUUGCUCCUCUGGAUCAUAGGAAGCAUGCCAAGAUAAUGGAUGAUCAUUGGUAUUAUAAGCAUAAUAAUUCUUUGCCUCUUAUCCGGCAUUCCAUAGAAUUUAAUGGAGGAUUGGGCAUAUUUCGACGUGGAGAAGCGGAUCCCAUUGCUUGGAUAACAACAAAUGAAUAUUUAACACCAGGAUUCCUUUACACUAAGAAAUCUGAACGAUGUAAAGGUUAUGGUGAAUUGCUUACUACUUUGGAGUUAAAACGUACACUGAAAAUACAUGGCUUGCCCUCAUGUUCCUUUAUAUCGGUGGAGAAUAAGCGCUCACUCGCCAUGAAUCGAAAGCUGAGGGCAACAGUUGUUGGAAUGGUUACAUGGAUAGAAAAACCUGUUCCUUUGAAUAAAAAGUCCCAUCUCUAGAAUUUUUUUCGAAAAAAUUAAACAUUUUUUAAAUAUUUGAUA